AGUCGCUGUGUCCGGGCACGGGAUGGCGGACCGGCUCACCGGCCAUCAGACGGUAAGCCACAAUUGAGCGCUCGAGCCACACUCCUCAUGUUUAGUGUUCGGCCAGUGGGCUUGUACUUUACCUUUACCGUGAACCGUGGCAUUCGCGUCGUGCUGCGCCAUUCGCAUCUCAAUCUCACAUAUUCUUUGUUCCAGGCGCAAGGCUUAUUGCCGUCAUAUUCUAACUUACAGCAUGCCUGUGUCAUCUCGUACUAGCUCAGCCAAAACCGAGGACUUACGGGAUGGUGAUCCCGGGCCGUCGUUGGCUCUAAAUGAACCUGAAGACGAUGCUAGCGAACACGAGGUUGAAGCACGAGAGAGAGAGAACACGAACGGUAGCCACUGGCAGGGAAAGCGUAUUCGACUCGACUCACACGACGACUCGGAUGACGACACCAAUAACACUCCCGCGCGGCGCGGAAUGCUUGUCACGCUCCCGUUGGACAUUCUCUUUGAGAUAUUCUCAUUACUAGCCUAUCUGGACUUGGCGAACCUCGGACAGACGGGUAGGGCAUUCUAUGUCACACUCACGUCUCCUCAGGCGUCAAGGUUAUGGAGGCAGGCAAGGGAGCGAGCUCUAAACGCGCCCGGAUGUCCGCCGGGCGUGUCCGAGGUUAUCUGGGCACGAUUCCUCCACAGUCCACCUGAAUGCCAGGACUGUGGCACGCCUGAUAUACACGACAUGGAUUGCAUUUUGUUGAAGCGCCUGUGCGAUGACUGCAAGCUUAAUAGGCUCAUACAUGAGGUUGAUCUAAGGAAUUACCGGAAGUUCAAACCAGAGAUCCUGAAAUUGAUGCCUCACACUUUCACGUCGUACUACCCCAACGCUAAGCAUUAUGUUCGCGCCGACAUGCAUGCCAUGAUGGACAUAUUCCGCGAGUAUCGGAUGGACAUCCAUUUGCAAGUGGCGGGAGCGAAGGAGGCGCUGCUGAACUUUAUUUAUGAGCGCGUCAAGUAUGUGCGUGACGUUUCAGAGCAUGCGAGAAAGUGCAAGCCGUGGCUGGAGAUGUUUCGGGACCAUCUCAAGAACGAACAAUGGGAACGGAAGGAAAAAUACUACGAGCAAAUCGUGCAGCGGUUCAAGGAGCUGGGAUACGAGACUCAGGAUAUUGCAGCCAUACGGAGCGGGGAAGAGGCCAUGUGUGAUCGCGAGGUCACCGAAGAAGUGUGGACGUCCAUCAAGCCCAUCCUACAAGCACGCAUAGAAGCAGCGCGAUGCAGCCGACUCGACUCGGACGAAUCGCCGACCAUCACCGCGCGCAAGGCCCUCGUCAAGCACGCCUACGACGCGUACAAGCGGACGCUGCGACCGACGGAGUGGGUCCGCAUGCCGCCGCCCGAGUACAUCUAUGCCGUCCCGGCGUUCCGCACGCUCAUCUACCACAACCUCCGCGAGACGCUCUCGCAGGCUGCGUGCGACGAGGCCGCGCGGCGGCUGCCCGAGUGCGUCUCUGCGUACACCGCGAACAUCAAAACGCGGCUGCUGCGGUGCCCGGUCAGGAGCAACGCGAUGCGGAGCGGGCAGAAGAGGUGGGUGGAGAGGGACACGAUGGGCGACGGUCUCGCGCUUGCCGAGAAUAUCUUCGUCCUGUCUACGGAAGUCGGAGACGACAUCCGGGAGAAGUUCCUGUUCGGCGUCGACGACGUCACCGCGCACCUGGCGCAUCCCGGCGCGGAGGGGUACGACACGGCGUUCUGGGCCGCGCUGUGCGACGCGGAGCCGCGGGAGGGGCGGCUCGCGGCGCACACGCUCCAUUACGAGAUGCGGUCUUGCGCGAUGCUCGGGAGUCUGAUCAGGGAACUCGGCCUUGAUCCGGACACGGCGCUGCCGGAGGACCUGGAUCGCCUGGACCUGCGCGUCGUCUGUAGGCUCUGCAGACGCAACACCGUGAAGUAUACCAAUUCGCCGUCCGAUUGGGCGCACACCUGGAGGAGCGCUGUCGCUCACUGGAUCAACGUCCACUGUAAGGUCAUCAGCCAGGACCUGCCGGAAUGGAGGAUCCUGGAAGAAGAUGAAGAGGACUGUGUGCGCCGCGCGGAGGAGGCUGCCACACCCACACAACCAUCCCUGUGGAGCUGCAACCACUGUUCUGUCCAUCUAGACAACCUGCAGCCCCGUUCGACUGUGGUGGAGCAUGUCGAAGCGAGCCACGCCAUUGCAGAGCCCGAAGAGGAUGUGGAUUUCUUCCUUGCAUGCCCGGCGGUUUAUCAGUCUCAUCAGGCCGUGCGCGAUGGCGUUGUACGAGGGGCUCCGGGGGACGGAGGGGACAUGGCUGAUGCUGACUCCCAGCCGUGGCACGGAGAUGACGGGGAGAAUCCUGAAGGAGACUUAUUAUAAUCGCGACCAAGGCACUUCCUGCGUCCGGGCACGGAGAGACAUUCGUAUGUUGAGUGUGUGUACUAAUUAGCUGAUGUAUUCCAGCUGUCAAUGUGUCAAUAUGGACGUCUUGAUCUUAUUCUACAAUUUUGACCAACGUGCGCGACG